AUGGCAAUUGACCGCAAUGUGCGAAGUAUUGAUCUUUAUUUUGUUGACAAUAGGAUGUUGCCUGGUCGUAUCUUAAUCUGCCAAACCCUAGUUGAUUUGAUUCUGGAGAAUUGCGGCUCCGUCCCCAAUUUAGGCAGUGUCGUCUAUUUACCUUGCCUCAAGAAGCUUCAUCUAAUGCGUGUUGGUUUCGAGGCUGACGAGUCCCUUUGGAACCUUAUUUCCGGUUGUCCGGUGCUUGAGGAUUUGCUAAUCAAAUUGUACGUCGAUUUUCGUUCUUGUAAAGUAUCUUCACCGACAGUGAAAAAGGCUCGUGGCCGAUCUUCAGACAAUGUGACCAUUCUGACGAAGCAGGAGAUUAUUGAUUCACUAUCCUCCGUUUCGAUGACCAAAAGAUUCCGUAACUUGGUCAAACUCGAAUUGAUCGGUCAUUGCUGGUUUCUCUCAAAAUUCCAUGAAAAUGCUGAUAAUCUUGAAAUCCUUAUCCUCAAGGAGAUUGUUGAUUCAGUACUCUCUGCUUGGACGACUAAAAGUUUCAACAAUUUAACCAAUCUCGAAUUGACUGACCAUUUCCUUUUACUCUCGAAGUUUCUCGAAAAUUCUGAUAAUCUCGAAUUUCUUUUUCUCCGAGGGGCUGACGGUAAAAAAGUAGAUUGGACGACGGAACCCGAAGAAGUGCCCAGAUGCCUAAUAUCACAUCUUAGAACAAUAACACUGGGUGAAAAUAUCUAUAGUAAGGAAGAUCUGGAGAUUGUAAGAUACCUUUUACGAAAUGGUAAAGUCUUGGAGAGGAUGGAAAUAGCUUGUCCGCUCUUCUCUCAUUGCGAGUUCACCGAUUCGAUGUUCGAUGGAAUCUCACAGUUUGAACGAGGAUCUGAGAAAUGUGAAGUUGUCUUAGUUUUUUUGGUGAUCUGUAUAGCACGUCCGAUCGGAUAUUGA